GAAGUCAGGUGUGUGCGCGCUUGUGAGAGAGAGUGUGACAGGAGAGGUAGAGAGAGGAAAAGGGACUGAAAGUAGGGGGAGGGACCUGGCAGGCUGAGAGAGACGUACCGGGCUAGGGUAAGAGGUUUGCUUCUUUCCCUGGAUAGUGGAUACUCCAUCACCAAAAAACUACCCCAAUUCAUAUGAGAAGUGACCCAGGCGGAGGUUGAGUGUGAGUUUGUAUGUGUGCGCGUGUCAGCGUAACUACACGCACGUCUGUGCACGUUGUGCGUUUGGCAGAGAGACUGCAGAAACAACGAGAGUGAACUCGCUCCCUCUCUGCGCCACUUUGCCCUCUGCCUCACUGUACUCCCUUCACCUGGGACACAGGCAUCUGGCGUGGUGACAUGUGAAGAGGCUUAAAGUAUGGCAUGCAAAGAUGUUUUCCUACAAGCAGAAGGAGACGGUGACAGCGAUGCGGCCGAUGUUCAUUCUGACCUUUUUCUACUUUUUCUGUCUCACGACUUGGUGAGUCCUACAAUGUUGCUUUCCUUUAUGUUUAAACCUCUUGCUCACCAUGGCAGGUUAAUUUCUUUUAGCUCGAUAGUUACAGUAAUUUUAUGUUUUGUUUUGUUUUUUAGUGCAAAGAAAAUCUCUGGACAGGCAAGAAAGGAUGAGAGGAUCUAUCCUGAGAAUUUUACUUGCAUUUUAGACCGACUUCUUGACGGGUAUGACAACAGGCUGCGACCUGGAUUUGGCGGUAUGUAGGCUGUUGGGAAAAAAUGUGUUUUGAUUGAAUAUUCAGCAUUUUCAUGUAAACCUACAAACAGGAAACACAAACUGGAUGUUAAACAUUAUUUCUUCAAAUAAAGUAAGAAAGUAAAAUAACUAUCGAUCUUUAUUGUACCUUAUCUGACACUGCCAGCAAAAAGACACUUAUGACUGCUUUGACUGUGAAGUCACCGUCAAGCACCAAAUUCUCCCUGAAGCCAAAAAGCUAAUUGUCUCCAUGAUGAUUAGAUUUCACCUUUACUUGCUCCUUCAAAACAAAGUUUAAGAGCAAACUUUGCUCAAAUUUGACCAUUUAAUGCUCCUAUUAGGAACUUUCUCUCUCUAUUGACUUUGGCACCCCCUGUGGACAAAGUGGUAGCUCUUACAUUGUUGCUGGUUUUGUUUCAUCCUCAUAAAAUGUUGAUUAGUAAAAUGAAUCUGAACGUUGAUGUUUCAAGAUGUUUUCUUUGUAAGUUGCACUGUAGGCUACAUGAGCUUCACCGCACACAUUAGUGAAGGCAGGCACUUAAAAACAUAGUUUAAGUGUUAAAAGUUUGAGGGGUUCAUAGUAUGUCAUGUCUGACAGAGCUGUCUGUGUAGAUUCUCAUUCAUCUAGGUCAUGGUUAUCCAAUUCUUUGUUGAAAGGGCUACUGGACUUGUUUGAGGCUCUUGUAGAGGUUUCGCCUCUCUCUCUCAAAAGGCUUUUUCAGUUCAAACGUGAAUGGAGCCAAAGUUGGACAUUUAUAGCCUCUGUUGGUCCUCCAGCUGUGGUGGGUGAUCAACUGAGAGUAGUUCACAACUGGGUCACCUGAGAGUCUUGCAUGAUGUAUAAGCCUGUGAUUUAGUAUGAAAGAGUUGUUUCCAUUGUUGUAUCUAAAUCUGAAGUCCCUUGGACAAAGAAGAUAACUCUUUCAAACCAGCAGUCUCCCCAAUAUCCAUUCCUUUCUGUCACAAUGGGCUACACGCCUGAAAAAUGUGUUUCAGUGUGGACAAGACUGUGAUGAUUGAGGGAUCUAAAACGGAAACCAAGCACUUAAUAUUUACUUGUUUAUUUGUUGUGGACCAACAGUAACAUCAGUGCUGCCGUAUUUAACCAUGCACGACUCCAAGAUACACUGCACUUAGUGUGUUUUGGAAGAUGCUAAUUUCAAACACCUUAUUAGUAAAAGUAAGAAAAGAAAAAAAAACAAGGAAACACAGUACAGUUACAAAGAUAUCACAGUAAUAAAGCAAGGCUGAUAAAAAUAUACAAUGUAUACAAAAAUAGAAGGUUAUAUACAAACGUGUAUGCUAAUUUUUAGGUGUGAGAAGAGUCUGGUUUCUCUUUCAGUCGGGAUUUAACAAAGUAAGAGUCUUUGUUACAAUAAUUCAACAGGUCCUGUGACUGAGGUGAAGACUGACAUUUAUGUGACCAGUUUUGGGCCUGUCUCAGACGUUGAAAUGGUAAGUACCAUGUCUUUGCCAUAUUUAUACUGUUAAUUUUUAUGAUCUGAUACUCACUCAACUUUGUUGGGGCAUCACACCAGAACAUGUGUGUUCCAACCAUUAAGAAAUCUGGACUUAAUAUUUGAAUUGGGAGCAAAAUACAUGACACAAAACAAUAAAGGGAACAUAUGAUCAUCGUAGUGUCACUCCAAGUCAGUCACACUUCCAGGAUAUCGAACCGUUGUAGCUAGGGACCAAUGAUGAUUGUGAAUCAUUUUCACCUGCUGUUGUGCACAUGAGACGGACAACAGGUGAGUAGGUGAGGCAAAUAGCAAGACUUCUCCAGGAUGUCAAACCAAUUCAUGUCAGCACAGUGAAUAAGGUACUAGAAGACAGGAGAAGUUGAGGGGGCUGUAGGCGGGCAACAACCCAGCAGCAGGACCACUGUCUACUCUUUUAGGCAAGGGGAACAGGAGGAGCACUGCUAGGAUGACCUCCAGCAGGUCACUUGUGCAUGUGUCUGACCAGACUGUCAGAAAAAGACUCCAUGAGGGUGGCAUCAGGGCCCAACAUCCAUAAGUGAGGUUUGUGUUCACAGCCUGGCACAGGACAGCCUGAUCGGCAUUUGCCAGUGAACACCAGACUAUAAGUACCAGAAUGAGAUCCUCAGACACAUUGCCAGAUCAUGUGCUGGUGCUGAAGGGCAGAAGUUCCCACUUGUUCCUCAGACCUGAGUCCAGUUCAGUACCUCUGAGACAUCAUGUAUCGUUACAUCCACUGCCCCCACGUUGCACCGCGGACUGUCCAGACUGACUGACUGACGCCCUAACCCAGGUCCUGAUCAUCAGGAGCAUACUCAGGUGUUGUAGGCAGGAAAAUUCAGGAGUUGGAUCAGCCUGUGAGUGUGAGUGUGUGCCACUGUGAUUUUGAGUAUGAUUCUGAAUCCAGUCCUCAAUUAGUUUCUGAUUUUGUUUUCAUUCAAUAUUCUUACGUCAUCUGUUCUGUUUCCUUUAUUAUUUUGUUAUUUAAACAUAUUUACUGAAACAAUUACACAUGAACUACCAAUGUACCAACCUUGUAUUUCCUUUUUUGACCUAGGAAUACACAAUGGACGUGUUCUUUCGACAGACGUGGGUGGACCGGCGGUUGAUGUAUGAGGGGCCGAUAGAAAUUCUGAGACUGAACAACCUGAUGGUGACCAAAGUGUGGACGCCAGACACCUUCUUCAGGAACGGCAAGAAGUCAGUCGCUCACAAUAUGACUGCUCCGAACAAGCUUUUUCGCAUCAUGAAGAAUGGCACUAUUCUUUACACAAUGAGGUAACCACGUCAGUAUUGAUCAUCUUUUUGUUGAAAAGGGGUUUACUAAAACUUUGGGUUUUAAUAAUAUUUAAACCCAAAGUUUGACCCAAUGUUUUUUUGUUAUAUAUCAAUGUUUCUUGAUAUGAAUGGUCUCUUAAGUUAAAAAAUCUUUUAUAAUUAUGACAGACAAGAUAAUUGAGAUGAUUUGCGGUAAAAUUAAAGUAAUGGCUCAUGGUGAAAGGAAUGGCUGAAUUGGUUCCUAAUUUUUCAGAUGUUCUUGUUUCACAUCACUGUUAGUUGUUACUGGAGUGCACUCAAUCUAGUCUUGUUAUUAUUUUACUUUGUAGAACAAUGUUAAACGAGAGUGAACUCAAAGUUAGAUGUUGUUUUUCCUGGCUAUAGCAUGAACUUUUGACACAUAAGCAUGUGUGUUUGACUCGUUUAGUGGUCUUUUUAUAAGCAACUUUUUAUUAUACUGCAACAGGUUGACUAUAAGUGCUGAAUGCCCAAUGAAGCUUGUGGACUUCCCAAUGGACGGACAUGCGUGCCCUCUCAAGUUUGGAAGCUGUAAGUCCUGUGUGUGAGAGAAGGAGAGAGAGAGAAAUGUCUGCAUCUGAGAGAAAAUACAUACAUAAAGCUGGUGGAGAGAGAUGCAAUGAAAUCAUACAACGUGAACUCAUAGCAGAAGGAAACAAACAAAAUGAGAAGUUCUGUGAGAUUGGCUUUAAUUUCAAAACGAGUCUCAACUAAAAUGUGUUAUUAUUAUUAAAUUGUAUUACUCAGCACAUUACUUAAUGUCAUUACAUUGCUGAAAAUCUUCAAAAAACACAGUAGUCAGUAGUCAAAACUUUGUGCCUUGUAGAAGCUGGUGGGACCUUGACAAAGUGUAGCAGUUUCAAAGGUGUUUUUUUUUUUUUUUCAGGUAGGGGCUGUAUGAUUAGAUGUAAAGUUUGAGAUGGUUUGAACCCCUCAUGUGUGAGUGUAACUGGCUUGACAAUUAUGUGCGUGUGUAAUUAUGUCAUUAAAGCUAACCAAUGACCACAUCUAUAACAAAUGUCUUAUUCAUCCACUUUGCCCCUGUGUACCACGUUUGGUGGCUCUACAGGUAUUUAAAUCCCCUCAAAAGAACUACUUCCUGUUUGAUGGCAAACAAUUCAUUACCAUGGCUAUGGAAUUAAAUGUAGACUUAAUUGUGAUUUUGUGAGAGUGGGGGGAAGUUAGGGUGUAAGCAUGUUGAGGAGGUUUAUGAUAGGAUUGGGUGUUUGUUUUGUGGCAGCAGUAAGUUCCUGUUUCUGACAGAUUGUGUUGUGUUUUGGCAGUGUUCAAGUAGGGAUCCCUCAUUAGCACAAGAUUUGUCGUGUCAUUACAUUGAUUUAGGGCUUGCUAGAACAACUCAAACUUUUAUGUCAGGAUGUCAUGCCGAAGUCAGAUUUUGCCACACUGUCCUGACUUUGCCUUCUGGGAAAAAUGCACGUUUUUCAGAGUGCAUUAUAAAACAACAUCUGAGAGAUAUUUUAAACAAAGAUGAUGCAGAUUUGUUCAAUGAUCUCAAAGGUUUGACCCAUAGAGUAGCAGCAUGACAUUUUUACCACCACUAGGGGUGUGUGACUGGGAUUAAAUAUGACCAUUUAAAUGUGUUCAGGCUCGCAUUGUAAGCAUGGGUCGGAUUAGAGCUUCUCAAGGACAUCCUGACCAAAGAUGGUGGAGAUAUCUGAAAUGGUCUCAGAGCUUCAGCACAUGGAGGAACAUUUCCUGCUGUCUCCAGGGGAUGCUAGGGCUGUAGUCUCAUAUUGCCAUAUGAACUUGUUUGGGCCAUGACCCCUGUUGAAUGUAGGGGUCGGAUUAGAAUGUGCAGAGCUGAGAAAAAAACUACAUCCUAUUCAAUGCGAAAAACACCCAAUGUUGAGGUGUUGCUAUGUGGCCCCACCAUUUGACUCCUGUGCAGGAGCUUACGUUUUAUUGAUCAGGUCUCCUCUGGCUAAAACUCUUGUUUGAAGUAGACUAGGAAGUGAUAAAGUUUUAAGGACCCCUGGUAAUGUGAAAAUGCCAGGCUGUCUAUUAACUUUUCACCACUAUAUUGGUUAAAAUGUAAUAAUUCUUGAUGAGCUGGUUAUGUUUAAAGAUCAUCUUUCUCUGUGCUUUGGGGCAUAUUUUUUUUCCUAAUUUAUAGGGGGCGCAGCCAUUUUCUAGGCCCAUGGCCAAGCCAUCAAAGUAUAUAUAUUUAUAUUUUUGUCUUACCAGGUUUGGUGCACAUGUAAAGUCUCAUGACUGUUUGAGCAUGUUAUGGGCAUACUUAAGGUUAUAAAAGUCAUACUUGGUACACAUAAUAAUAAUCUGUGGAAUUACAGAAACGUUCCUGCACCGUUUCAGUGCUUAGGUCUAAUAAUUUUCCGGUUUCCUACAAGGUCCUCACACUGGCUUGUAUGCUGAGGUCCUAUUAUGAAGGAAUUUAUACUUUAUUGUGAACAGUGAAGCCUAGCACGACAUCAGUGUAUAUAUUUAGCCUACUGUCGGUAGAAAUUAACAGUCUAAAUAAAGGAGGGUCUCAAGUGGCAGAGCUUUGUCUGAUCAGAGAUAAGCAGCAAAUUUGAAGAGUGCAUCUGUGGGAGAAAGACAAGACAAUGAUGACGUGUUUGUCCUUAUUCACAUGCAUAUUGCCUUCAAUAACACUGAACAUUGGUGACACUGUAGAGGACAAAUUCACAUCUCUUAGUUAUUGUCCUUCUCCCCUUACCCACCCUCUUCCUUAAACAACCCCGCUCUGCUGUAGCCUGCCUCCAGUCAGGAAAAUGCAACCAUGGAUCUGGUGCCUGAAGUAAAGGACAGGUCAGAAUUCCUUCCUCUCCCUCAGGAUAGCACAGACCUAUGCAGCUAUUUUCCAUAGCUCGUGUCUGUGCGUGUGCUAAGUUUCUGUAGAUCUCCCCUGCCUUCUUUUUCAUCUCUCCUUCUCCUCCCCUUUCCCCUUCUCCUUUUCUGUUUCUCCAUCUGGACUUGUGCGUAAAGGCAUUGUGUUCCACUCCAUGACACCAGAGUCAUUUCAUUCUGCCUGCACAGUUGGUAUCCUGCUCAUGUGGAGCUCUAUAGAGAAAUAGUAAACUCAGGCAACUGACAUGUGCCUCCCAACACUGGUCAAGCUGACUACAGUACAUGGAACAAUACACUCUGAUUAAAGAGAUGUUGUUAAUAGAUGGACUGGAUCAUAGUAGGAUUGUACAUUUUAUUUAGUAGGGGUGUAACAGCACACUAAAGUCACAGUUCAGUACUGACUUGGUUUUUGGUGUCACAGUUUGGUGAAUUUUCAAUACAGUAAGGAAAUCCAUUCGUCCAUGUUGGAGCUACAGCAGAUGCGUCGGACAAGUUAUGCACAACAGCAGCUUUUGUUUGUUUGUUCAUAAAAAGCUGGUGUGACUGAUUGAAAUGUAGACCAGAGGGAAUUUUAUAUGGAGGCUUUAUCGUGUAUUUAAGUCCUGUGUUCUCAAUCACAGAAUACAGUACUAGAGCCGCUGCCAUAAAAUACCUGAAGCGUUUGAUAUCAGUGUAGUCCGCUCUGAUUUUCCAACUAAAGGCUGUUAAAACACCAGAGGCAGCUGUGCCUGAACAACUGUGUCUUCAUGUCUGUGUGGUGCUGCCUCAAAUGUGUUAACAAGUUGGAAGUGUUUCAAGUACCGUACCCGACUGCUGCUGAAGAGUGGGAUUAGUAUGCAAAACUGUAGUGUUCUCACACAGGAGACCUUAAUGUCAGUGGAGAAUCUUCUAAUUUUUGCUUGUUGUUUGUUGAGCCGGCUGUCAUGACGGCAAAAGCAUGUUCUGUGUGCAGACUACUUCCUUCUUCAGGCCGUGAGGGAACUUGCAUUACAUUAACUUUUUGUUCUGCAGGCACUGAGUUUGGGAACACAUGUACACCAUACACCAUCUUUUUAUGCCCCUAUUAUACAGAAAGUUAGUGUAAACUUAACUCUAGGUGAAGAAUCUGAACUGACUCUGAAACUGGAUCAAUAUAAAACAAAUCACCAAAAAGUUUAAUAUACCAACAGGCAGUGACACAGAUAGAGGUAUAUAAAGGCAGAAGCAAAGUCAAAAAUAGACACAAGAGGAUGCUAGUACACUUAAACAAAGAUCAAGGUGAAUACAAUGAUCACUGCAGGUACACGGCAACUUGAUUCACUCCCACCAGUCAAGAGUAAGAACAGGUCUUUUAAACCAUUAAACAUGGUUAUGUUAUCGUAAGGAUGAUCAGCUGUGUGAAAUUAAAGGUUUUAGUGUUACAUUUGGGUGUGUGGGUUAAAGAUAUCACACAGUAUAUUUAUGUAAUCUUGAUCCCAAAUCAUUAUCUUAUCCAUUUUUGAGUUUUCUUAAAACACAAUGGUGAAUCUGCUGAAAUUUUUAACAUUUUUAACUCUGAUCUGAUCACGAUUCAGAUAAGUUGUGUGAAGAGAAAACUUUUUGUUCAUUAGGUCAAUGCUGACAUGGAACUGUGACUAAAUGACAAACAUCUGCUAUGAACUACAACAACAGCAGAACAUGACAAAAAAGUUUUUUUUUCUUUUAGGAAGGACAUAAUGAGUAUGCUCCACAGCACAGGGUGUGUCUAUCACAGUGAGGAGCAGAGUGAGCGGGAAGUUAGAAGAAAUAAAUGACUAUACUUGGGAGUGCUGCCCUGGUAAAGUGUCAAAAACGCUGAACACUCACUAGCUUUAUACUAGUUUCCAUGAAGAUAGCAGCAGGUGAAUGGAAGAAAAAAGAAAAACACUUGUGUAGUUGUGUGAUAAGAGUCCCAAUUAUUCCUCAGGUAUGCAGAUGGUUUUUAACAUGUUCGACUGGCUCCUGAUGCUGGUGAAACCCAGAAAAGCCCAGUGCUUCCUGUAGUGAGGUUAAACUCAAGAUUGGUUUGUGUUCAGUUUUUUUUUAAUACAACUUUUUGAAUUUUGCUCACUUUCUACAGAAACAAGACACACAAUGUAGAAAUAAAGCAAUAAACAGAACUAGUUCAGAUCAACAAAAUUCAAGAGUAAGGCCUUUAUCCCUGAGCCAAGUGCUGUACUCAGGCUGUGAAGAAAGCAGUGGCAAUAACAGAUAAAAAGGAGUCGUGCUGGAUGUUUGAGGCACUAAAGCCAGAUGUAAGCUGCUUUAUUUAUCUGGAGUCUUAGGAAAAGUUGUGUCCACUCAGCUGAUGUCUUUGGUGAACUACAAUCAAGUCUUGAGAAAAUUUCAACCUUACUACUGCUCCAAACAUGGCAUUAAGACAGCUUUGGUCACGACCUUCUGUGAUUUAUUGCUUGCAGCUGAUUCUGGCUUCAUUUUAAUUCUGCUUGACCUCUGUUUGAGAUACAGUGAGCCUCAAUGUCUUCAUUAGCCAUCUGAAAUAGUUUGUUGGAGUUCUGUGGCACUGGACUGAUUCAUUUCUGUCAGAGGACUUUUUUUUAUUAUGUUGGAAAUCCCAUAUCCUCCUGUACUCUGCUCUCUUGUGCAGACCUGCGGGGGUCUAUUGUGGGUCCCCUAUAUGCUUUCUCUGUGGCCAUUCCUGUGCAGGCACCACUUAGACUUUAAUUGCUAUUCAGAUGACACUCAGCUCUCAGGAUAAUAGAGCUGUACUUUUGGGAGUUUUGAGAGUAAUAUUGGGUUAGCAGCUCUAAAAAGCACACCUAUUCAGAGAAGUUCUGUGUUUCCUGUGGACGUGGUUCCCAGAAUUCCUGGUCUGGAAAAACAUGUAUCACAGUAAAGUCCGUUGGAGUGGUUGACAGUGGUUGACUCAGAGAUUUAUGUCUCUGUCCGAGUAUAAAAACAAUGUGUUAAAGCCCAUUAUAGUGUAAUGAGCCUCAUCCCAGGAGUUCUACCCCACUCAGUCAUGUAGAUGAGGAACUAAACAAGCACCAGCUAACCCCAGACCGUAGCCCAUUAAGGAGAGCCAGGGUAUGAGUGAUGCCCUGCUUUCCCUGCUGUGUUACGGCCAGUGGGAGAUAACAUUGAGCUGUGUUUCAUGCAAGACUCAAGAUAGCCAAAUUUAGCCUCAGCCUGCUUGUGACACUGGUGUUGUAGGCUACUGCAUGAAGUAGAGAGUACGGUGUGUGUGUGGGCACACAGGAUGAUCACACAAUGGCCUAGUUUGGUCACUGUAACUUGCAGGCUGCAGGAAAGGAGGACACGGCAUGGGCACCCCUUCUGAAUUAGUUGUGCUAAUUCAGAACGGAGAGUCAAAGCAGGAGCUGUGUUGCCUCGAUGUUUUGGUCUCGUAGAUAGUUUCAGUUCUUUUUGUUUUGACUUGUUUGUAUUUCUGAAGAUUUUGCUCAUCUUUUGUUUGGUGGUUAUUACUCAGUCUGCUUCAAAUCUUCUUUUUUGGCCAUUUAAAUGGUGACCUUAACCUAUCAGGGCAGUAUCGGCUGGAGGAAAAGAAAAGUCAACCUGCAGGCAAACAACAAUGGCACCACAAGGUAGAAGGUGACAAAGAAGUCCUAAAAUGUCAUCUUUAAGCGUUGUUGGUACCAGGAUAAAUCUCAAAACUAAAAUCUGCUGUUGGGGAGAGUGGGGUAAGAUGAGCCAUUUUUCACAUUUCAGAUCACUACAUCAAGGCAAUCAUAGUUUUGUCUCUAACUAGUGUAUCUGCAUAUAUUUUGAGAUGUUGUACAUCUCUGCAAACCAACAGAAUGAGUGUAAACAGAACUAUCUUGAAUAAUAUAGAAUAUUUAAUUAUUGAAUAAUAUUGUCUUGAUAAAAUAGCAUACCAAAAAAAGUGGUCUCCGUGUAUGGGGUAAGUUGACCAUAGGAGUGGGGUAAGUUGAGCCGUAUCCCUACUACCCCCCCAUCCCAGCCCUCCCUCACCUUCUCUCUCCCUAAAUAACAGUCACUUAUUCACAUUCAUGUGUAUUUUUUAUCUAUUAUACACUAUUCAACUGGUACAAUAAUAACUUUUUAUAAUAACAAUAAUAAAACUUAUUAUUAUUAAAUAACUGCUAAAAAGCUGUUUUUAAAAAGCCAUUUUAACAUGAGAAUGCCUUUAAGUGAUUGAGAACAUUCACAGCUGUAUUUUUGAAAAGAAAAAGUAACACAUUUCAACAAUCUGAACUGAAACUCUGAUCCUCUCAUCAGACUUAUUUACUUUCUCAGUUGAGCCACUGGCUCAACUUACCCCUGAACUACUAUUAUGACUUCAUUGGUCAUCUAAGCUAAAAUGGUGGAUUUUUAUUCUAGGUUUCGACCUCAUGUUGUAGCUCAUAGAUACCACAAUUGAUGUAUAAAACAAAUUUAGAAUGACCUUUUUUGGUCUGAACACAAUUCUAAUAAAACUGAGGACAGACUAAAUUCACUUUCAAGAGUGAAAAAUGUUUUUUUUUUUGGAAAAUAAAUGUCUAACCCCUUCACCCAUGUGCUUCUAACCUUCACAGACUCCAUGAAUUGAUGCCCAUCUCCCAAAUAUUUGGUCACAUGAUCAAUUUCUUUUACCAUUUCCAAGCAACAGGGGGUGGCUCAACUUACCCCACUCUCCCGUAUACCACAGCAGCUGUCUGUCAACAAAAACAGAGACAAGUUUAAUUGGGGGAUAAGACGAAUGGACUGGAUAGCUUGAUCAGCAAAAGUUAGUACUCAGGUAAAGACUCAUUAUCCCUCAAAGCUGUAGCUGUGACCACUAUCACUGCCUAAUCUGAGAGUUAUAGCUUUGAAUUUGUCUUCAAUCAUCACAUGCAUGGUUUAAAAAACUACAUGAACACACUAACUGUCCCAGAGAUCAGAUUUUUAAAUAAAGAAAAUUCAUCACUGGACUUCACAGCAUAAGUGAAGAGAAUUCAUUGAAAUAAAGUUGAGUCAACAGCGCAGGUUUUCUCAAAAAAUAAUACUAAUGCAAAGAACAAAUACUCAAAAAAUGUCAUAGCAGUGUAUACAACUUUCAUACAAUCGUUCAAGUCAGCAUACUUUAAUUUCCUCAAAUCUGACUGGUACUGCACAUAAAACUUUUUCAACUUAUAGUCAGUGACUUCAAGAGUUUGUUUUGCUUUCUGCCUCCAGAUGCCUAUCCCAUAACAGAGAUGAUCUACACUUGGACUAAAGGGCCUAAACAUUCAGUGGAGAUCCCCCCUGAGUCCUCCAGCCUUGUUCAGUAUGACCUCACAGGUCAGACUGUCUCCAGUGAAACCAUUAAAUCCAUCACAGGUGAGACUUUCUUAUCAACCACCAUUUAAACUGUAUUUGCAGCUUUUUUUUGAUGAAAGAGUUAUUAACUGAGAAACGGAUCACUGUCAGCUUCAGUCCAUCAUGUGAAGUAGCUUAUUUCUAAGGAAGAUGGUUUAACAAACACUAGCCCAUCUUAUACAGCAAAUUAGAUGAUAAUACUGUUGACAGAGCAGCUGUUUUCUAUAACAACAUCUCAUUUUUAGUUACCUGGUCUUUUUUAUGCUUGCUAGUGCACAUUAACAUGUUUAGGGUAUUGUUUUGCCCAGCUAAGAUCAACCCUCUGAAAGGUGCUAUUUACUAAAACUGAAGGGGUCUAUUGGGCUGUGCCAAACUUUAUGUGAUUGUGAAGUUGAGUUGAGGCACCAUAUGUACUGCACAUGUUAAGCUAGUGUAAUGAGAUUAAUAAACAGCUCAUUUUGAGGACAAGUUAGCUGUACUGGCCAAUAGUCUCAUGGCAAAGUUUAGUCAGCUGGAAAACUUCAACUUCAAGCAGCUCAGAGACUGGCCUGUCUAGCAACAGAGAGUCACAUGGUUCAGGUAAGCUGCAAAGUUGGGUUAAUAAGUCAUGGUUUAUACACUUAUACAGGCGUAAGACUCUGAAGCUGACAGUAUUUUUAAGUCGUUCACCUGAGGACAGUAAUAAAUAAGAUAUUUUGUCCCAAAGAAUAACAAGAUAGAUGGAUGAGUGUGCCUCCAAUAGCAAGCACAAAAGCCAGGAGGAUGGCCCAGUCUGUCUACAGAACACUCUAUGAUCUGAGUGAGAACUGGGAGCACUGCAGAGACAGACUGGCAUCCACUGAAAGAAGCCUGGGAGGCAAUUACUUCACUCUUUGCAGAUGGCAAGACAAGCUAAAGACCUAGCACAGCUGAUAAGUAAACAGGAGCAAUAAGCAACACUUAUUGUGCAGGAGAUGAUACAAAACUGACUAUAAAUGAAAGGUGGGAGUUAAUUUAUGAAGGCAAAAUUCACAGGCAGGAACAAGCCCACAAACAACUUAAUAACAUGAUCAACAGUACUACAAGAACAUGGCACAGCUCUGUACUGAUGUUAAAAUUGAUUUUGUUCUGACUGCACAAGACAUGAUUCAGGAAGAUCAUGUUAUCAUCACUGAAGGUAGCUUGCAAAAAUUUAGAUUUUUUUAAUUGUUUGUUUGCUGGCAGAAACCCAUUGAGGAAUAGGGCUGAAUGGAGGUCAGAUUGUGGUUCUGUAAAAAAAAAAAACCAAAGAAAAACAACUUGACAACAACAAGGAGACACCAAGUGACGCCCCAAGCUCCAGUGGUAACAAUCAGUAUGUCAACAAUUUAUGGCAUUUGUCUGACAAAAAACAGACUUUGCAGCACAGGGUUGGGGCUGGAAUAUAACUUGCGACCCCUGUGGGAACCAACAUAGGGCACGCCUUAACCUGCUUAGCCAGAAGAAGAGAAGUUUGUUUUAGUGUGUUUUAAAUUGCACAAAUGUGCUGACAUUUUUUAAAAGUCCAGUUCCAGUCUGACUUAAGACAAUAGAUUGACUUUUUGACAACUUGUAAACGUACUGAGUAUGGUCUUGCUCUGUAGGAACUAAAAAUCCUAAAAUAAACUGUCAUGCUACCAGCUCUUUACAGAUUUUUGUGAUAAAGGUAAGAUUUGAAAAACAGAGAGGUCUAUAGUUAGCUUUGGUGCCUGGGUCAAGUUUUUAGGAAGUUUAAACACAGCUAUUGUAAAUGACUCUGCUAGAUAACCGAACAAGACUUCUAUACAUUUGAUACAUUCAGUCAAGAAGAUUUCAUUCUGCAGCUGAUUUUGAGUGAUGGACGGACAGGCAAAAAAAAAAAAUUGGAUUUAGUUUGGUCAAUCUGAGACAAAUGUUGAAGGUUAACAUCGGGUUUAAGAGCUGUGUCCAUGUUUUAACUACAAUGUAACAUCAAAAAGGUUUUAAAUUUUGUUCGUAAUCUUCAGCAUUUUAUUAUUCAUGACGCCUCUAAAAUCAUUAUUACUGAUAGCUCCAUGAAAACAUGGUGCAGUGAAUCGUAUCAAAUCAAAUCAAAUAUUAUUUAUACAGAGCCAUAUCACAACAGUAAUUAUCCCUAGACACUUUCCAAAAAAAAAGAGCAGGUCUAGACCACGCUCAUGAAGCGAAGUGUUGACUGAAAAUAUACUAAGGAUGGAUGUUAUUUUUGGUCAUUAGGAGGGAGGGUAGGAGACACCUGAGCACAUCCUGGUGCCAGACUUCUCCAGAGCUGCAGUUUAGAGAACAGAAGAGCAUUAAACAUAAAUAAAUAUGUUUUGAUGUAAAUCCAGGGUGAAGAGUUAGGUUUUAUGCACAUUUUAAAAGAUAUUAACAACUCCAGCUGCUGUCAGAUGAGCUUAAACGCUGAUCUGAAAGCUGCUCAAAGCUGCCUUGUCUUAUAGAAAUAAGGCAGACUGGGAGUGUUGAAGGGCUGCGCUGAUCCAUUUAUUUUAAGGACCUUUACAAUAAAGUCAUAGUUCUUAGAUUUUUACAGAAUGAGCUGGUGAGAGCGUAAUAUCUUUUCUUUCACUGACAGUAAAGCUGCACAGCUGUCUGUCUGAUACUCUCCAGUUUUCCCCUUGGUUUGCUGUUUUAAAAGCAGGAUGAGCACUGCACAAAUACUGAAAGGUGGUAAUAUAAGAUGGAUUUGAAGCUUCAAUCAGAAUUGCUGAUCUUCAUGAUUUGAAGCAUCUCAGAGUUAUGUCACAUAAAUCUUGUGUGGAUAUAAGAAAUUGGGUUAAAUCUAUAAAGUAUGGAGUCUAAAAAGGUAAAAUCAAAUAUGAUAUAUGAUUUAACAAGCUUUUAUUGUUGGAGUCAAGCCUUUUAAAAAAUUAUCUGUGCAUUUCUUAUCAAAAUUAAUCCUUUCUGUUGGUUCUUUAGGCGAAUAUGUGGUGAUGACCGUCUUCUUCCACUUGAAACGUAAAAUGGGCUACUUCAUGAUUCAGACCUAUAUCCCCUGCAUAAUGACAGUCAUCCUCUCCCAAGUGUCCUUCUGGAUAAACAAAGAAUCAGUCCCGGCACGCACGGUCUUUGGUAUGUAGACCCCACACUUCCCUCAUCCUGCACAGCCUCUCUGCUCUCCUUUGAUUUUAUUUCUUCAUUGCAUGCCAGCAGAGCAAGUACAGCUUAUGUGUCAAUCUGGACUCCAGGAAACAGAUGAAGCUACAGUGAAAGCCACUAGAUUAGGACUACUGAACAGAGAGCUUCUGCUGUUUAUAUCAAGGUUGUUUCAGAUUAUGUAUAAUUUUUAGCUGUAAACCGGUUAUUUUACACUAUAAAUGUCUAAUUAAGUGUUGUUUUCAUGGCUUUAAUUAAUUUAAGGAAGUUCACUUAUUUUCAUCAUUUCACUUUUCUGUUCUUUGUUUACUUUAAAUAUCAAAAAUGAUAAGCUGAUUUCAUGUAGCAGAAUAAUUUCAAUUCUGUUUGUUUGAUUUAAAAGUUAUGCAGAGGUCUCAGCAUCACCUGAUAUUAGACAUAAUGUAAACAUCCAAAUAUGUCAUUAGCACAAACAUGUUUAUUUUGCAGUCUUGAUAACAGGAUGUAACAGCACAGUUAGUGAGAAUUUCUCUCCAGAGUAACAUUUUAAUCUGCUGCUGCCCUAAAGUGGUUUCACUCUCUAUAUCUUUAGAUGUAAUUUAAUAAUGUCAUUUUGAACUACUCUCAUUGUGAUGUGAAUUCAUGAUAUUUGUUGGGAUUUGAUGUCAUUAUUUACAGAAAUAUAAAUGAUAGCCGUGGUCAGUUUUGGCUAAAAAAAAAUCAAGAAUUUUCUCUAUGGUUCACUUAUCCCAUAUAACAAGUUUUUAAAAGACCCCAUAGAGCUCAGGUUUUUGACUCCAAUCCUGUUACAGUUGUCCGUCAGGAUACCUGCUCACAUAAAGGGGAUGUCACAUAAACCCAUACAUGUUGGGACACUGUGCAAGUAGUCAAAGCUUAAUAUUCAACCACAAAUACUGUAAAGAUAACACAUCUAACGUUGAAGCAUAAAUUAAGUUUUAUGUCAAGUUCAUGCUCAUAAACAGAACCUAGUUUAAAUUUGAUGCAAGUAACACAUUUCAAGAGAAAAAAACUGAGAGAGCCUCUCAAAACUGAUCAGUUUAAUUUACAACAAGCCAGACGGGGUACAAAAAUGGCACUCCAGAAAAGCUGAGUCUCUCAGAGGGUGGAAGAGGAGCACCACUCUGUGAGAGACUGUGUGGGCUCAAAAUCACUUCCAAAUACCACUGCCUGUAACUCCAUCCCUGGAGCAGGUUAAAACUGUACCAUGCAAAGAGGAAAUCAUGUAUAAGCAUGAUUCAGAAAUGCUGAGAGUCCAAGACUAUUUAGCCCCCUGAGACCCUGCAUUCUUAUAUGAAAAUGACAUUCUAGCUAAGCCCCUACUUGUUGUCCUCAGGCAUGGACAGUUGGUCCUUGCGCUGUGGUCUCAGGAGCAAACUCCAAUGAUAGGUGUUCUAUCUAAUUCAAGAUGCCUAAAUGUUGAACAGCUGGUCCCAACAUUUCAUAUUUUAUGAUGUGUUCAUUUGACUAAUUGUAUCAAUAGUGAAAUUCAGUGGACACUUCUUUUAAACUUCUGAUGAAUUAAAAUGUCAUUUUUCUUAUUUAAAACCAUGAAUCCACUACCUUCAUGAGGAGAUGGACCAACAGGCUUGUUAUCCAUAUGUGUUGAAAAGCCAGUCACUCAGCUGCUUUUCACUGAUGGCAGUAAAAUGGUGGUCAUGUCGAGGUCUGAGGAAUGCUUUUACUGUGUAUAGGUCCAGGACUCUGAGCACUGAUGUUCCAGACCUCCAAUGUUAAAGGGAUUUUCUCCCCAUCACAUUAAUGCUAUUGGCUAAAAACACCAAGGACAAGUGAUGAGCUACAGGCUCAUGUGACUUUCUAUUGUUCUGGAUGUCACAAGGGACCUUGAAUGGUGGCCAGAUCAGUGGCUUUUAUGUAUCAUAUCUUUAUGGUACAAAGUGAUGGACAAGCUACACAGCCCGGUAUGUGGGUACUGUGUGUGAGUCUAUGAGAGGAAGUCCACUGUCCUUCAGUUUUGUACAAUAUCCUUUUUUAUGUAUUGGCUCCAGAAUAAACUUAGUAAUUUCUUUUCAAAAGUUUCCUUUUUGAAUAAUGUAACUUGGCUCUAUAAAAACUUACAGUAUCCUAUUUCGGAACCUGUUCUACUGCUGCUUUUGUUUAUUUAGCAGAGACAACAAUGUGUGGUUUGUUAUAUUGAUACAUCAAGCUGGUUAAGAUUGUGUUAUGUAGCGCUGCAUAAUAUUGAUAGGUUAUUUAACGAUGCAAAUGAUCUCUAUCAUCAUCAUUUAUCCAGCGAUGACAUGACCCAAAUUGCUUAGUGACAGAUGUGACAGUAUUUUUCAGUGAAUCCUUUCGUAACAAAUUAAGAUAAAUUUUUUAACAGCUCAGGUAAAACAUGUUCAAAAAUUCCUGUCUCGUCUUCUAGGCUCAAGCUUACGGGUUUAAUCUUUCUCUGUGUUUGAUCCACUUAAGGCAUCACAACCGUCCUGACCAUGACGACGCUCAGCAUCAGUGCUCGCCACUCUCUUCCCAAGGUUUCAUAUGCCACAGCCAUGGACUGGUUCAUUGCCGUCUGUUUUGCCUUUGUCUUCUCUGCCCUCAUUGAGUUUGCAGCUGUUAACUACUUCACCAAUGCACAGAUUGAGUGGACGAAAAAAAAGCUAGCCAACUGUCCCCCGGUGCCCCACUCGACGCCUGUCAAGGUCAAGGACAUGGAGGAACUGCUGCAGGUAAUUUUUGUUUCUCUCAGAGUGGCUGUGGCAUACACUCUUAGCACUUAAUUUCAAGAGGACAGCGUGUCCCUUAUUAUGUGCUUACUGUACUCUCAUCCUAAAACCAGAUAGGCCUGAAGUGGGUACACAUGAGGGUUUUAGGCUGCACUCAUACUUAUGAGGGCUGGAAGGAUCCACAAAGCAGUGACAUCAUUUAGAAAGUGAUCCUCAGGGGUGGGCUAGGACUUAAAUGUGUCACUAAGAGCCCGAUCAUCUCAGUGUUAAAGUUAACUGCAGUAGUAUGUAGGUUUUCAUAAAGUGGGACAUCAUUGACACCCACAAACAAUAAUUGAUUACGUAAAGAAUUCCUCAUGGAUGGACAGUGUCCCUCAAACAUAAUUAAAACCUGAACUUUGCAGGUUUCUAAGACUUACACGUCAAAACAUACUAAAUUGGUUGUUUUUUUCUAAUUUUCUCAGUCUUGUCAGAUCCAAAAAAGGAGAGAGAGAGAGUGAGGGAGAGAGAAAAAAAAGCGGUGUUUUUAAGAGCUUUGAAACACUUCUUGUUUCUGGAUAAUCACAUUGGGGUUCCUCACUGAUGAUGUUUGCACUUUAAAACAACCUUCACCUAAAAUUUCAGAUGAUUUCACAAAAUCUCAUUUUUACUGUCAUGCUACUUUAAAAGACUUACUUUGACAACAGGAUAGCUGACACUUGGAUUAACUGAGAAUUUAAUCCACAAGUUGAAGCUGCCUCUUUUGUACAUACAUGAUUCAUGUAACUGCAGCAGUGUCUUCAUGGUGCUUUAUGAACACUCACAGAAAGGAAGGAGGUGAAAUGAAGAAAAGAAGCUAAUUAGACUUUAAGUUCUCCAGAUCAGAUGACUUAUCUCUGAUCAUCUUAUCAGGGGAGAAGACUUUUCCUACCAAUGCAUGAGUCAGAGUUGUAGUUACACUAACCACUUCGAGUUUCCCAGUCUAGUCCAAAUCCCAGUGUGAUGUAAUCAUGCCUGAAUGCAGCAUAGUGACAACUUCACUUCACUGGAUUAGUAGGUUGCCACAGCAACCAGUCCACAUUUGAAGAGGCUCCAGGAAGGCUCUGGACAGGAAUUAAUACUUAUUUUCCUCAAGAACUGGCCCUAUUAGCGUUCCAAAGGGCUUGGUGAGGUGUGUUUAGACGGUCCCUGUGCCAGAGCCCAGUUCCUCUUUAGAGAGAAAAGACAAGCUGAACUAUCCACACACACUCUUUCUCUGCUACACACGAGACACAAACAGUGUGUCCUUUAAGUUUCAGAGUGGGGAUUAUUCCUGCAAAUGCCUUAGUGCCAACAUCACACUCUCUCUGCCUAGAAACAUCAACUCUCAAAGGAUAAGCUCCCCUGAUGCUUCACAGAAUUACCGCCCUGAUGAAGUGCUACCUACUUUCUGUCUUAGGCUUAUGUGAAAUGAGUAAAAUCCUUGACUAGUGACAUCUGUACUGCACACAGUCUGCCUUCAGUGGAAGGCCAUCUGUGUCAGAGUGACUUAAACAGAUCAAUGUGGCACAGUGCAUGUAGCUGACCCAAGCUUUAGAGAAGAAAAGUGACUUUUACCCUGUUUAAUUCAUCAUAACAUUUGGAUCCUUCCCUCACUGAUCAUCGUGUUGCUUCCUCUCAUAGACGGAUCAUCAUUUUAACAAAACUGCCUUUUUUGACUCAUUUCGAUCAGGACUUGAACUUGCUCAGCAGAUAAAUAUCUCUUUAUUAUAUGCAUGGCUAACAUAUGUACUGAUGUUUUCUCAGUUUGUAGAAUAAUUGGGGAAAAUAUUUUAACACUUUUAUAAAAAAAAAGAAGAAAAAGAAAAAAGCAUUACUUUUUUGUGGAUUAAUUUUUAGACACAAACAGGAAUUACCUUGAAAUAUUUCAACAAUAAAACAGGAUUGGUUCUUAAACGAUUAGCUGUCUCACCUUCAGUCACUAUUGGUAUCCUAUCAGGGCCUUAAAUUUCUUACAGAACAAUGGUGGGAAAUUCCAUGAGUGUUUUUGAAAUUACAAGUCCAGUUGGAUUAGAAGAGAGCUGCUAACCAGUGGUGUACUCCAGCUGUUUGGGGACAGGGGCUAAAAAAAGGAAAAACAGCACCUGUUGUAUUCUAAGGGGCACCAGCACACAGAAAGUUGUGAUUUAAGAAGAUUUGUCUGUGGCAGCGUACUACUGACUAUUUGUUAGCUUGUCUCCCCUCUUAACAUUUUGUGAGGGUACAAUAGCUUUGACCGCACUUGUUGAUCAUCCUCGAAUAAGACACUCCAACCUUUUUAGGAUGCACUCUUUUAGUCAGGAUCCUGUUGAGUGAGAGCUUAGACAAGUGUAUCAAAAUGUCUAAAUUGAAAUAAACUAAAAACAAAUUAACACUUGUAACAGGUGUUAAUCCCAUUGCAGCAAAGUAAGAGUACUUUUUCCCUUUAAAAAUGAAAGAAAGUAAAGGACCAAUGGAUAUUCUGCAAACAAUAACUCUUAUAAGUAAAAUUUUUAGACGACACUGCUCAACUACACAUCACCCAUUACUACCACCUCUGCAAACAGGUAGUUAAUCAAACUGCCUGGUUAAGUUAAAUAAAGAUAAACCAGUAUUAAUUAUUACUUGUUACCUACUUAUCACCCUUCAUACAAUAUCAUGUGGCUUUUAUUCUUAAGCAACCAAUAUAACCUCCACAGAUCGCAGCCUUACACAAUGUUCAUUCUAGAGCUGAACAAUCUGGGGUUUCAUUUUCUCUGUUGCAAGUUAUUGUCAGCCACUGGAAUUAUUAUGUAUUUCCAAAAACAGAAAAUGAUGAAGCAUUUUCUUUUUCCUCACAGCAAAACUCUGACGCCAACAGUAAUCUGAGAAAGCGGCUGAAUUAUAAUUGCCAAGACCCCAGCAGUCAGCAGAAGGCUCAGUCCACCACCAACAUCUCUGGAAUUGAAAGAACACGACUUCUGCGACCUUUAGCCAGUGGAGACAACGGCAGAACGUACACCCUCUUCUGCUCCAGCCCUAAAUCAGAGAGCCUGCUCAGUCUGGCCUCUCUCUCCGCCCAGAUGGUAAAGAGCGCGCCCCCAAGUGCAACUUCCACAAAUGAAAUGAUGGCUGGGACACCGUGCAUGCAGAACACACAUUCCUGCUCUUUGCAGCAGCUUCUUGGGCCAAAGCUGGAGCGUAUCCAGAUGAUAGGGAACAAACUGGAGCUUAAGCAGACACCUUGUUCCCAGCCCACCACUGCUGGGAUGGGCGAAACAAGCAAAAUUGACAAGUAUGCUCGGAUCCUGUUUCCAGUGUCCUUUGGGGCUUUCAACAUGGUAUACUGGGUAGUUUACCUAUCUAAGGACACAAUCGUUGCCAAAGAUGGCUAAAUCCUGGACAACAUAUGCAGAGAAGAUUCGUUUUGCUCUCUUAAGGUCUUCAAACAGCCAGCAUUGGGACAAAUGAUCUCAGCUAGAGACAAAUUUAAAGGUUUUCAUUAGAUUCAACUGCCCUGGGAUCCCCUUUGGUGUGUGGUCACAAUAUAGCAUAGGGUUUUGUCCUUUCCUUUUUUGUAUCCUGCAUUUGGUCAGAUGUGUGUUUCACUGUCCUGAAAUGAUCUGCACCAAUGCUCUGUAAUCAUAUUAAUUUGUUAGGAGAAACAUUUAUAUAUAAUGAUUACACUGUACUUCAGAAUGGAUAUUAAGUCUUGUUGCUUUGAUUACAGGUGAGCAGGUGAUGCAAAAUUAAAUUGCUGGAGAGACAAAAGGGGAUUGUGGUUUUGGCUCCAUGGGACUAUCACUUAAAAUUAAAAAUUCAUCUUUAAAAACUGGGUCAAAUUAGUCUUGGAUGACAAAGAUGGGUUUGGAUGAUGAUGAAAUCUUCAAACUAAACUGAAUCAAGCUGUGACCAGGACCAGCUCUUUCUCUGUGCUGUACCUACUUAUUAAGCUUCCUUCUUGGAGGAAAUAUACAAACGAUGGACUGCUACCUCCAAUAGGGUUGAGAAGUGUAGACUGUGCACAGGUUCAGUUCACAAAGCCCAUGACCUAAAUGAUGCCAAAGGGCGACAAAUUUUCAUUAGGUUAUGCAUUUUUCUUCGGUUUAAUGGAACUCACCAGCACCCCCUAUUCCUGCUUUGCAGAUCUGCACUGUUCACUCUUAUCCUGACAGUGCUCAAAUCUCAACAUACUCAACAGGAAAGACAGUAAACAUUUUUCCAAAUAUGCUCAACUCUUAAAACAGUUUGUGAACACUGAGAAAUAAAAAGACUGCUACCUAAUAAAUCUAAUUGUGAGGUUGGGCUGUCGCA